UCAUGUGAAAUGACUACAAAAUGAAUUAAUAUGCAGUAAGAGAGCCAGUGCCCCACCAGGGCACCUUUCCACUUGCUGGCACACAGAUUUACCACAAUUAGGGUACCGCUUGUCCUGUCAUGCCGGGAGAGUCUAAAUUACUCUGACUUUCAAGAAACCAAAAAUAUGCAUUUUUGAUGUUAGGAAGAUUUACUGUGCAUUGGGCUGUGUCAUUUGAUGAGGAAAAAACCAAAUGAUCUCUUUAUGAAAAUGAAGGUAAAAUAUAUGUAAAUGCCAUUUUAAUCUAACUUUUUAUAUGAAUGUAGAACAAAUAUCAAACAGGAUUAUACAGUGUGAUAGUCAGGAAAGUAGCAUGCUUUUGUGUUUUAUAGACUAGUCUAAAAGGAGCCCCAGUAGACUUGGUAUUGUUAAACCAAGGAGGUCUUGAGAACUAUUCUGUCUCCCUUGUGCCCAUAGAAUUGUAGCCUGUGGAGGUGACCAAGGAACCAGAUCCCAAGAGGCCUCUGCCACUGAAAGGAGAUUUUUAUUACUUGCGUUUCCUAGAGGGGGGGCACUCGCACCAAGCAGGCCCACGGGGCACACUGGUGUCAGUCAAGGGGCAGAAAGGAGCCACAGGAAAGCCCAGGACAGAGCCUGAGUGGGGUUUCUGUGGGAAAGGCAGGGCAGGGCACCCGUGUAGGAAUGGCUAGUGUGAACAGUUCCAGUGGGCCCUGGGCUGUAGGAGAGAUCACUAGCUGCCUGCUACCAGGCCCUGGGGUGAUUUAGGGCAGGCGGGCAGUUAGAUAAGGGAGGUGGGUAGAGCCGACCACCUGCCUGGAACCCUGUGCUGGCUAUAAGCCCUGGGAGGGCCAGUCUCUCCCUGUGUCUGUAAGGCCCACAAAUGCCAAAGCAUUAGGAAUAAGAAAAUGGACAUAAUAGAAUUGAUCCUGUGAGGACUGGAUGCCUAACUGCCACAUACAGAAUCUGAGAAAGCACAGAACAACUGCCUUCAUUGACAAGAUGGUGCCCAGAGCUCAAGACAGGCACACAGCAGGAGGAUGCCGGCAGGAUCCCUCAACAAGCUUACCGUGGUAUCUUUCACAAUGUUAACUGUCAUCCCAGAUUAACUUUUAAUGACAGCAUAUCUCUGAAGAUUGUGCUUUUAGCGUAUUUUCACUUAAAGUCAUAUCUCAUUUAGUAGACCUGCCAGAUUCCGGAAAAGUUACACACAAGCCAGCUGACAUGACCUUUGCCAGUCAUGUUGACCAUGUUCUCACCGAGCUGUGGACUCCUCACUAGGAGCCUUUACCUAUGGCCAGAUGGCUGUUGUCACUGCCUGUGGUGGGGUUAUGGUUUCGGACUCACCUGAUCCGUUCUGCCGGGAUUUUAAAGUAUGGGAGUUUAGGCAUACUUUGCAAGUUGUUUCUUGAAUAUACUUUUCUGAAUUAUGGCUUGCUAUACAAGUUUUGGUCUUUUAAGGUAAGAGUUACAAUGGAGAUGGGGAAAUUAUACUUUUCUCAUUUCAAGGAAAACAACAGUCAUGAGUUAUGUAUCAGUUGGGAAACGGGAUGAUAGGAAGUUGCAAGGCAACCUGGUUUCAGCCGGACCGGGACUCUCCCGGGGCUGCGUCCUGCUAGAGCCGGCAGGACACAGAAUACCACCAGCAGCCUCCCUGGGAGUGGCUUGGCAUCUUGGCCACCUCUUUCCACGGAUGUGGUGGAUGUGGGGGUAAACUAGAGAGACUAAAGCCCACUAUUGAGCUCAGCUUCCUGUAGAAAUCAAAUCAGAUGAAAACCCUGACCCAGAGGGAGAAGGCAGAGAGUUGGACUUUUGAAAACGUGAGUGUGUCCAGCAACCAGGCAGCAACAGUCCUUGUUGUUAUCGAAGUUCUAUAAGCACUCUAUUUCUCCAGAAUAAUUUCAUCAUAAAGAAUCCAGAGCUCAGACAGCUCUUUACCAUCUGUCUUUUCCUUUUUUCUUACCCUGUGUUUGGCUUGAUCUGGACUGCCUAAAACCAUGACAAUAUUAAGUGCUUUCUCCUGGGUAAAAAUUCUGGCUUCUUUUCUAGAAAUUCUGGCUCCACUUCUCAAAUUGUUUCUGUCCCUGUUAGGAGACCCCUGGGGCUUCGGCUGGAGACACAGUGCAGCUAGUCUCAGCAGCCACUGUGCUUGGGCCUGGCCAGCCCCUCCUCAGGGGUCACGGCACUGCUCACCUGGUGACUAGGUCUUCUCAGCCAGAUCAGUUCAUGUGCUCUGGUGUUUUUGAGCUUCUGGCUAGUCCUCAGUUUCUCAGACCUGGUUAAUCACAGUGUGGAGUCAUUUUUCAUAACUGUGCACCUCACUUGUUUGAUGCAUGGCAAGGGAAUAAUUAAAUUAAUAAACCUACAGAAAUUCCCCCUUACAGUUUUCAAAUACAGUAAGUGAAUUUCUACUAUAAAAUAGGUCCAAAGAGGUUUUAUUGUUUCUUAUUUGAAAUAAUUAAAGAACAUUUAUGUUUCCCUUUUGUGGUUUCUUGGUUCUAAUCCUGUGGGUUGCUUUUGACGUCCUCUGUUGGGGAUACACUGUGCAUCCGUAUUUAACAGGAGAUCCCGAACUCCCAGCAGGGAGCUAAGCACAGAUGUGUGCACAGAUGCGUGCUUAGGUAAGGAUUUUGUGCAAGGUGACUUGUAAUAUGAAACUGUAAAAUGUGCUACCUUGGACUGGAGAGAGAAGGGGGUGGUCUGAUGUUUUCCACACGCCUCUUUUACCAAAAUGGGUCAUCUUAUCUGUCUCAGGCCAGGCCCCCGGGGGGCACAGGAACAGCACAGCUGCAGUGAAGGAGGGGCUCCUGCAGCCGGGCCGGCCCCAGAGCGGUGGGUCGUGCCCCGCGUGUUGCUCAGCGCGUUCUGCAGUUGCCCUGGCUUUAGUCCCCCAUCUCGCUGUGAUAGCCAUGCAGGUCAGCAACUGUGAGCCUUCCUGGCUCCCACGCUGCCCCCGGCACCUCUCUCUGUUUCUGCUCCCAGCAUCCUCUCAGCUUCUCUUCUGAGCCCCACGCAGCGGUUCCUGCUUUACCAGCACCACUUCUCCUCUGUCACCGAGAGAGACCAAGAGGCUGCCGUGCCUGUGCCAACUGCCUGGUGAGGCUCCGUCAAGUGAUGUUCGGGGCCUUGUGGUACAGCCCUCUCGAACUCACCCCACCAGAGGCCUGUCGGCAUCACUGUCAGAAACAGGCGUUCUCCCCUCCCAGCCCCCGUCACAAGCUAAGCAUCUGUGAGAACGGAGGCUCUGCUUCCCCGAGGAUCCUGCCCCAGACGUGGGGGCAGCCUUUGCAGACAGCUUCUGUCCCACUCACCUCCUCCUUGGUUUUCACUCCUUUAUGCCCUCACGGACCUGCCCACCAGUUCCCAAGCCCUCAGGGCCAUGGCAGCCUCCGUGAGGGUGUGAGCUGGGUAAAAGGAAUUAAGGUGGAGUCACAGCUACCAGUGGCUGAUUGCCCAUGGGUGUCAGGCUGGCCCUAGGUGCCCCAUUGCUAGUUCACUGUCCUGGGACAGCCCCAGUAUUGUCAGCAUUGAAGGAAAGAAUCCGGACAGGCAGCGGAGGCUCCCACCUGAUGACACCGAGGCUCCUGCCUUAGCACCAGGGCCUGGGCUCCCCUUUGCUGUAAUGCCGUAAAGUAUGUCAGGAAGGUUUGCCCAUGACCUGGUGGAGAGAGAAGAGAUGUGACAAGGCGACUCUGGCUUGUGUGUCCCGCCCACAGGGGAAGCUUGGAGGAGUCGGUUUGUGAAAAAUCAGGGCUCUGAGGGCACUGGAGCUGGUGCUGAGUUCUGCAGCAGUCAAGAAGUAGAGCAGAGCUGAAAUCCCGGCUGCUCAUGGGCAUCACAGAUGCAUUCGCCAGCAGCUGGGCUCGGCUUUGCUCUAACAUCCGCCCCUCCUCUGGGAGCGUUGUUUCUCUCUCCCUGGCUGCCCAGCCCAGCUCCCUGGCCUGGCGAGAUCUCUGCAUCAUUUCUUCUCCCCAGCUUCUCUCUCCACCCAUGCCGCCAUGGGAGAGUUUAGGCUGUCUCGUCCCUGACUGGCCUGAAGUAGGGCUGUGACUGUCUCCUUUUCCCUCUCUCCUGUCUUCCUCACCUAUCCCCACAUAAUCAGUCCACCUUCCUUACUGCUGGAUGCAAACCUGCUGAGUCUCCAUGGCUUUCAGGAUGGAGUUCAAAGACAUCACCUCAGUGUGAAAGGCCCUUUCAGGUCUGGCCCGGCACAACCCUGACACCCGCAUGUUCCUGGGUGCAACAACAUGGGCCCCAGGGCAGCUUCCCAUGAUGCAUCAGCCUCUGCUGGCUCCUGAUGUGGCCUCUGUUCCUGUCUUAGGCCCCUAUUCCUCUCGGCAGGCUCCCCACUUGCCUUACUCUAUCUCAGAAGUUCAUCCUGACACCAGCUCUGUCCUCUGUACUGGGAACAUGGAGCAGAAAUCCAUCACGGCUGCUGAUCCAUGCAUGCUGAUGAGUGGCUGGCUACCUCCUUGUGCACAGCAUCUGGGGGCACUCAGGUGGCCCUGCUGUCCCUGGGCCUGUCCCUGACACUGGCCGGGGUUGGGGCACCAGAGUUCAAAUGGGGGCCGCAUAUCUUGUCUAAAUCUUCCAGAGUUUUAAGUCAAGCCAGUGCACUAUUGAUACAAUAUGUUGUGUCUUCUUCUUUGACAAAUACAUCUUCAAAAUGGAAAAAAUAUAUGGGGACCUAUGGUUUUUAUAUGAAUUAAUGUUGGCAAAAUAUCAAAGACCACUGAAUUUAACUGUUACUGUUAAUUUAACUGUUAUCUAGGUGUUCUGUUCAGAGGCCACUCAUGUUUGAAUGAGUAACAGGAUCGAGACAUGAUUUAUCAAUAAGUGCAUAUAUCUCCCAUAACAUUGAUUAUUUUGUUUUUAUUUCUGCAAAUGACUAAUCAUGUUUUAUAUUAAGCAUUUUCGGAUAAUGCUUGUUCUGUUGGUGCUCACGGCCUAAUGCAGGGCUAGCGCACAGCGGCCUACAUCCUGUUUUUGUGCAGUGUUUACAUUUUUUAAAGAGUUGUUAAAAAAUAAAAUAGUGCAACAGAGACAUGGCCACGAAGUCUAAAGUACUUACUCUUUGCACCUUUACAGAAAAUGUUUGCUACCACUUGAUCUAAAGGAUUAAAAAAUAAAACAUGUCAUUGGGCCAGAUGCGGUGGCUCACGUCUGUAGUCCCAGCAUUUUGGGAGGCCAAGGAGGGCGGUUCACCUGAGGUCGGGAGUUCGAGACCAGCCUGACCAACAUGGUGAAACCCCGUCUCUACUAAAAAUACAAAAGAAAUUAGCCAGACGUGGUGGCGCACGCUACUUGGGAGGCCAAGGCAGGAGAAUCGCUUGAAUCCAGGAGGUGGAGGUUGCAGUGAGCUGAGAUCCUGCCGCUGCAUUCCAGCCUGGGCAACAGAGCAAAACUCUGUCUCAGACAAACAAACAAACAAAAAUGUCAUUGAAUUUGAAGUAUACAAAAUUUGAAUAUCUUUCUAUCAAAAAUUUGAAUUUUAAGGAAAUAACAAAGCAAAAAUUAUAAUUUUUUGUGUUUUCAAAAAAUUAUUUUUUCUAAAUUAUUAAGUUAUAAGAUAUAAAGUAGUUAAUGUGAAAUGUUUAAAUCAAAAUUGUUUAAAGCUGAGUUUUAAAUUUAAUACUUUGAAAAUUUAGUUAAAUCAUAUUAAUAAUUUUAUAAGAAAUAAAACUAUUGAUAAUUCUGAUGUCUGACAUCUGUCUGAUUGCUGACAUGGAUCCUGAGUCUUACGGUGUUUUGAGGGCCUCCAGCUACAUUGGGGUUCCAGUGCCAGAGUGGCUGGCAGCCCCACCCUAACGAGAAGUGAAGGGGCUGGGCAUGCUGUUUCCAGUGCUUUCAUGAGAUGCUGCUUUGCCUGGUGGUCGGGCCUGAUGUCUCGUUGUUCCACCUGUGACCAAGGGGUCCCUCUGGAAAUGUGUGUGUACUGACACAUGCCCUGGCGGCUCUUGUCUGAUCCAUGUCCAGGUUAUUCCUGCCUGACCGUCACUCGUGCCAGGAGCCCAACACAAAUUCAGGCACAAAUUCAGUACACCACACAAUGGGGGAAACAUGUUCAAAGAUUUUUACUUACAGGUCCUGAGCAGGGAGGGUGCCAUGAGUCAGGAGGGCAGUCCUCUGUCCCUGGGUCAUGCAAGCAGGAACAAAGGGUCAGGCAGAGAGAGAGAGCACUGCAGCCAACCAGCAGAACAAAUAAGGGAGUAGGGUGGGGUCACUUGAAGUGUGUGGGCAGGUGCCUGAGUGAAAGAUGCCUCUAGGUUCUCAUCUCUGGUACUGGCUUGAGCCACUGGGUGUGGUGUAGAACUACAAAGUGUCAGGGGUGGCUGAACUCUGCCGCUACUAGGAGAAAGUGCAGCUCAUAUUCCAGAUAGAUGCUGAGGCAAUAGAAAAUGAAAAGAAUUCACUAUGCUUACGCAGAGUGUGUCUGGACACACACAAAUUUAAGAGUAAUAAGAAUUGCUUAAUAUGGCAUAAUUUCCUUAGGUGCCAUGUGCAGUUGUCACAAGCAUUGCACUAAUUGGAAUAAUGAAUUAGAAAGUGGAUGUUGGUCAUUAUUAGGAAAAGGUACUUUGUUACGCGAGACAGUAAUUGCAUUGUGCCAAGAGAAAGAAUCUGACUAAUUAAUUUGUCUUUUUUUUCUUUUGCCUAUGAGUGCUUCUUCUGCUUGACUCCUCCCCAUAAUCGGACUCCUUCCAAGACAGCCUAAUCUUCAGGGCAUUUGGAUGCAGCUGCCUUUGUUCCAGAGACACAGGCCAUCUCAGGGGAGGUAUCUCCCUGGGGCCUGAACAGCGUUUUUCUAGACAAGAGGAGGCUGAGGGCUGUGGGUUCUGCUGUGCCAGCCCUGAAUGCUGGAUCCCGAGUGGCAGAGGCACCAAGUGCUCUAUGAUGUGUGUAUGUGAUGUGUGUGCAUGUACAUGUGUGUGAUGUGUGUCCCUGCUCGCCCCAGGCUGGCCAUGGUACUGUGCUAGUCACAGACUGGCUGUGCUGAUCAAACCAGGCACAGUGGAAAAUGGGAAGAUGUUGGCGUUUGCCCCUCCCUUGGCUGUGUGUCAUUCACCUGGGGCAUGAGCUGUGCCCCUGCUCUGCAGUAAUGAACAAGGCAGGUCAGCAUUGGUCCGAGACACGUGAGUUAAGAGAGGAGGAAGAGCGCUCUCUGGGGGCGGGGGGAUCCAUUUGUCAGUGGCCUGCAGUUUCCUGUCCCAGGGAUUUCACUGGUGACAUCCUGACCACUCACCUGCACUUUAUAUGGAGCUGUUUUCAUCAGCUGGUGUCUGCUGAGCCUCUGCAUUGCGUUGUGUGGUAGCCUGUUACUUUUUGCAGUUUUAUUUUCUAAACUGUACUCUUUUAUUGGUAGAUUUUUUGUAUUAGGAUUUCCAUUUAAACAGGACUUUGGUACGUCUGCUGUGGGAGGUUUCCCUAGAAGAUUCACGGCUAUCGUUCUCUCCCCUCUGCUCGUGGUGUUUUAUCUGUGACUGCACUGAACGGUUAGCUGUCACAUGUCAUUCUCUGGGUGGUGUGCUCUGAAGUCAUUGUGGUGUUUGGGCCCCUUCAGCCUAGUUCUGCCUAACUGCGGUGUGAUGAAUGGGCCCGAGGCAGAGAAGGAGGCUCCCUCGUCGGUAGGGGCUGCUGUUGUCGCAGCUGCCGGCAUACGGAAGUGAGUCGCUGUGCUGCUGCCCCGAGUGACUGAGGGACAGAAUGAGGCUGGGGCCGGCCGGGCUGGCAUUGGUGUGUCUGCAUGGCGUCGUCCACCACUGGGCCUUUGCACAUGGGGACCUUUUUCAGCGUCAUGGGGCGUCGGUAUAAAAGGAGGCGCAAGAAGCGCUCUGAGAGGAAAGACAGAAACAGUCUCCGCCAGUCAAGAAACCCUCAAAAGUAUUUUGCCAUGGAUAUAGAAGAUGAAGAAAACAUGAGUUCCAGCAGCACUGAUGUGAAGGAAAACCGCAAUCUGGACAACGUGUCCCCCAAGGAUGGCAGCACACCUGGGCCUGGCGAGGGCUCUCAGCUCUCCAAUGGGGGUGGUGGUGGCCCCGGCAGAAAGCGGCCCCUGGAGGAGGGCAGCAAUGGCCACUCCAAGUACCGCCUGAAGAAAAGGAGGAAAACACCAGGGCCCGUCCUCCCCAAGAACGCCCUGAUGCAGCUGAAUGAGAUCAAGCCUGGUUUGCAGUACACACUCCUGUCCCAGACUGGGCCCGUGCACGCGCCUUUGUUUGUCAUGUCUGUGGAGGUGAAUGGCCAGGUUUUUGAGGGCUCUGGUCCCACAAAGAAAAAGGCAAAACUCCAUGCUGCUGAGAAGGCCUUGAGGUCUUUCGUUCAGUUUCCUAAUGCCUCUGAGGCCCACCUGGCCAUGGGGAGGACCCUGUCUGUCAACACGGACUUCACAUCUGACCAGGCCGACUUCCCUGACACGCUCUUCAAUGGUUUUGAAACUCCUGACAAGGCGGAGCCUCCCUUUUACGUGGGCUCCAAUGGGGAUGACUCCUUCAGUUCCAGCGGGGACCUCAGCUUGUCUGCUUCCCCGGUGCCUGCCAGCCUAGCCCAGCCUCCUCUCCCUGUCUUACCACCAUUCCCACCCCCGAGUGGGAAGAAUCCCGUGAUGAUCUUGAACGAACUGCGCCCAGGACUCAAGUAUGACUUCCUCUCCGAGAGCGGGGAGAGCCAUGCCAAGAGCUUCGUCAUGUCUGUGGUCGUGGAUGGUCAGUUCUUUGAAGGCUCGGGGAGAAACAAGAAGCUUGCCAAGGCCCGGGCUGCGCAGUCUGCCCUGGCCACCAUUUUUAACUUGCACUUGGAUCAGACGCCAUCUCGCCAGCCUAUUCCCAGUGAGGGUCUUCAGCUGCAUUUACCGCAGGUUUUAGCUGACGCUGUCUCACGCCUGGUCCUGGGUAAGUUUGGUGACCUGACCGACAACUUCUCCUCCCCUCACGCUCGCAGAAAAGUGCUGGCUGGAGUCGUCAUGACAACAGGCACAGAUGUUAAAGAUGCCAAGGUGAUAAGUGUUUCUACAGGAACAAAAUGUAUUAAUGGUGAAUACAUGAGUGAUCGUGGCCUUGCAUUAAAUGACUGCCAUGCAGAAAUAAUAUCUCGGAGAUCCUUGCUCAGAUUUCUUUAUACACAACUUGAGCUUUACUUAAAUAACAAAGAUGAUCAAAAAAGAUCCAUCUUUCAGAAAUCAGAGCGAGGGGGGUUUAGGCUGAAGGAGAAUGUCCAGUUUCAUCUGUACAUCAGCACCUCUCCCUGUGGAGAUGCCAGAAUCUUCUCACCACAUGAGCCAAUCCUGGAAGGGUCUCGCUCUUACACCCAGGCUGGAGUGCAGUGGUGCAAUCAUGGCUCACUGCAGCCUCGACCUCCUGGGCUCUUAAGCGAUCCUUCCACCUCAACCUUCCAAGGAGCUGGGACUACAGAACCAGCAGAUAGACACCCAAAUCGUAAAGCAAGAGGACAGCUACGGACCAAAAUAGAGUCUGGUGAGGGGACGAUUCCAGUGCGCUCCAAUGCGAGCAUCCAAACGUGGGACGGGGUGCUGCAAGGGGAGCGGCUGCUCACCAUGUCCUGCAGUGACAAGAUUGCACGCUGGAACGUGGUGGGCAUCCAGGGAUCCCUGCUCAGCAUUUUCGUGGAGCCCAUUUACUUCUCGAGCAUCAUCCUGGGCAGCCUUUACCACGGGGACCACCUUUCCAGGGCCAUGUACCAGCGGAUCUCCAACAUAGAGGACCUGCCACCUCUCUACACCCUCAACAAGCCUUUGCUCAGUGGCAUCAGCAAUGCAGAAGCACGGCAGCCAGGGAAGGCCCCCAACUUCAGUGUCAACUGGACGGUAGGCGACUCCGCUAUUGAGGUCAUCAACGCCACGACUGGGAAGGAUGAGCUGGGCCGCGCGUCCCGCCUGUGUUCCCUCCCACUUACUUCGCUCCAAGAUUACCAAGCCCAACGUGUACCAUGAGUCCAAGCUGGCGGCAAAGGAGUACCAGGCCGCCAAGGUACACUGAGGAGGGGACGGCUCCGUCUUCACAUUGUGCACAGAUCUGAGGAUGGGAUUAGCGAAGCUGUGGAGACUGCACAUCCGGACCUGCCCAUGUCUCAAAACAAACACAUGUACAGUGGCUCUUUUUCCUUCUCAAACACUUUACCCCAGAAGCAGGUGGUCUGCCCCAGGCAUAAAGAAGGAAAAUUGGCCAUCUUUCCCACCUCUAAAUUCUGUAAAAUUAUAGACUUGCUCAAAAGAUUCCUUUUUAUCAUCCCCACACUGUGUAAGUGGAAAGGGCAUUGUGUUCCGUGUGUGUCCAGUUUACAGCGUCUCUGCCCCCUAGCGUGUUUUGUGACAAUCUCCCUGGGUGAGGAGUGGGUGCACCCAGCCCUGAGGCCAGUGGUUGCUCGGGGCCUUCCGUGUGAGUUCUAGUGUUCACUUGAUGCCGGGGAAUAGAAUUAGAGAAAACUCUGACCUGCCGGGUUCCAGGGACUGGUGGAGGUGGAUGGCAGGUCCGACUCGACCGUGACUUAGUUGUAAGGGUGUGUCGGCUUUUUCAGUCUCGUGUGAAAAUCCUCCUGUCUCUGGCAGCACCGUCUGCACUUUCUUGUUUACUGUUUGAAGGGACGAGUACCAAGCCACAAGAACACUUCUUUUGGCCACAGCAUAAGCUGAUGGUAUGUAAGGAACCGAUGGGCCAUUAAACAUGAACUGAACGGUUAAAAGCACAGUCUAUGGAAUGCUAAUGGAGUCAGCCCCUAAAGCUGUUUGUUUUUUCAGGCUUUGGAUUACAUGCUUUUAAUUUGAUUUUAGAAUCUGGACACUUUCUAUGAAUGUAAUUCGGCUGAGAAACAUGUUGCUAAGAUGCAAUGCUCAGUGUUCUCUGUAUGUAAAUCUGUGUAUACACCACACGUUACAACUGCAUGAGCUUCCUCUCGCACAAGACCAGCUGGAACUGAGCAUGAGACGCUGUCAAAUACAGACAAAGGAUUUGAGAUGUUCUCAAUAAAAAGAAAAUGUUUCACUA